AUGACCAAUGCAUCCUUCUCAGCAGCAGCUGCAUAUAUUAAGCCCGAAGCCUGGUUCCUUCCCAUCCAGAGUACUCAAACGUCCGAUUCCAAGCGCGACGAACUCUCGCACCGCACGAACGAAACCCAAAAAGCCAAACGAAUGGUCAACGACGCCGUGAAGACGGGGGGCAUCCUUGUGGUGCUGGUCGGGGACGACAAGGGCCUCACGAACGCCACGUACUAAAGCUUCGCAAAGGAAUGAUGGCAAGUUCUGGCUAAACUGGAGGUCACGGAAGCUCUAGCGUGCGACCAGCCCCCAGUGGUUCCGAAAAGGCACGAGUGACACACCCCGCGCGCGAACUACUCAAGCGCGCCCCCACCUCGUUGGGCCUUCCCCCUUACCGUUGGGGGGCCUCGAAGUAAGGAUCCCCCUGUACAGGCCUACUAUAUUGACCUAUUGAGGUCGUCUUGGGGCACUCCAAGGCUGUCCCAGUAUCCGCUAAUUCGACAGGUGACCGUCAAGAUCGUCGGUACGCUGUAUGCCCAAGUGGACUGGAUGAUUGAACACUGUGAAGCGCCUGCGACGACUUCUCCCCGAUUAUAUCGCACGAUUGCUAUCCCGUCGACUACGCUGGGGUCACAUCGGUCGAAUAAGCAAGUCACGAGUGACAUUUUCACGUUGUGCAUUCGCCACAGUGGAACACUAAAUCACUUGACCAAAACCCGCAAACUUAUGUGGUGACCGUACCCUUUCACGAAGCCUUCAAGAUGCACUUCGAAGGAUUGGCUGUCCCCGACCGCCCCCCACAGCAUUCACGUCAUGCGUGUGGGCUCCAAGUGAAGCUGCACAGUUGCUGGCGUCGAAGUACCCUAGUGAGCUUUCACUGAACGAGGUUGUCGACCAACACCAACCUAGCGGCAGUCUUCUCGGCGCUUCACGGACCAUUUCAGAAAGGAUAUGUGGCGCACUUGAUCCAAGGUUUCGAAGAUCGAGCCCUGGAAUUGCAGGGGGGAAUUUCGUCCAAUUGGUCAAUUGGAUGGUGAUGAAGUAGUCCGUGACUCCACCUACAACCUGGUAGACAACUCGUCCGCGGGCUAUAAUAUUUGAAUGAUACAUUUGAC